AUGGCCCGAGUGACUCGCAGGCUAGCCUCGGUCCUUGCCAGGCGCGCUCCGAGUAGAACUGCUCGGAGAAAUGCUCGAAGGCAUAAGGUGAUCAUGGAGUCCGUUACACAGGCGAAGAAGAAGCUUCGGAGUGUUAUAUCGUUCGAAGCGAAAGCACCACCUGGUUACACGUUCAUCCCGGCCGGAAAUCCCCAGCUUACGACUGCUUGCAAAGAGCUAUGCCGGAAAGAUGGUCUCAAAGUUUUUGCCGUCACGAUAAUCAAAACGGCAUUUCAGAAGGGUCAACGGAAAGUUGGCACAGCAGUCGAACUGCCUUUAGCCCGCCGAGCGCAAUUGGCCGUCGUGGCACAUAUCCGGCAUAUUUAUACCGAUUAUGAUCGUCUUCUGAAGACAACUUCAUUUCAUGAGGCCAGAAGUACUGUCGAAGAGCCUACUUUAGCCAAAUUAGUGGAAUGGCGAGGAGACGAUGAAAACGGAAAAACAGUCCUCGAGGACGUGUUUCGGGAAGUAAUUGUCAUCUCUGAUGAUGACGACAGCGAUGUGGAAGGAGACGCACCCGAGUCUGUAGAUCGAGACUACAGUGUGGAGAUCGUUUCUAGCAAGCCGUGUGUCGAGGAACUGCAGACAAAGCCGGUGAAUUACGCCAAUCCUAGUGUUCGGGGCUCCCAAAUAGAUAUAUCAGAGGAUGAGGCGCCACCGGGAUUCCGUUACGUUCGGGAAGUCCCCAGAAAGAGGAGAGUUGAUCGUCGCGGCUUCAGUAGAUAUCAGGCCUGGGACCGUGCCAUCAACCGAUAUAGGAAUAUGGCACAUGAAGCCGGCGGAACUAACUCUAGUAGAUUACAUGAUGGUGCAGCUGACAAUUCAAGAUCUCUUUACUCUGUACGGCAGCCCUUGGAGCCGGCUCCCUACCGAGCCCUUGGCCCUCGUAAUGGACAAGGCGCGAAGCCUACCACACCUAACCCGGCAUCUGGGAACGAUGGGAUGAAUAGAUCGAUGCUCGGCCCUUCCAUAGAACGUCGUCCAUAUGAGCUAUAUUCCAUGGUUGAGAGGCCUCACCAAGGUCUGAUGGCUUCUUUGUCUGACAGGGUACCGUUGGAACGAGGACCAGCACUCCAACAGGAAAAGUAUCCAUUUCAGCAAGCUAACUCGCCAAAUGCCCCUGUGUUUGUUGGUGGCCCUAGAGAAGUCCAUGAGGAGCCCAGGAGUCGUUUUAGGUCCUAUAAAGUAUCAGGCCCUUACCCAAGCAGAACGGUUGCGAGCCCCCAGGAGCGCGUAUUACCCUCUAUUGAGGCUCCACCUGCAGAUAUCAGACGCCCGGAUAGUGGACCUUUGGAUCAUUUGGCCCAGAGGUUAUCUGGGGGGUUUUCGAUUCGUUCAUUGACGCCGCAUCGUCCACCCCACAAGGACAUCCCGUUGCAAAUUAUUGAGGACAGGGUGCAAGAACAAGCCCCCAAGAGAAGGCGGGUGGCCUACUACGAGCCUACAAAACCCUACAGUUCCCACCCGGGCAUAACCUCAUCUACAGUGGCAGAACCCCAUACAGGAGAGCAGUAUAUUCGCCCUGCGUAUUUUCCAGCCAAACAAAUUCCCCCCCAGGAUGAACCCCACUUGAGUAGGAGAUAUGCUGCCCCAGUUAAUCCCCUCAGUGCUGCACAAUCACGACCAGAGGACUUACAGGAUACUUUCCUGGACACCAUCCAGGCUAAUACGGACUCGGGAAUCAUUAUGCACCACAGGCGCCUAGAAGACCUUGAACGUCAACCGGUCCCACAUGGCCGCCUGGCUCCAGUUCACGAAAUCCCAGGACAGUCUUACGAUUUGCCAGCAACCGGAUUUGCUGUCCUUGCAGAGAAAGGCCACAAGAGGAUGAGCCACAUGCGACCAUCUGACCAAGGAGACCAGCGCAUCUAUAGCACAGGCCAUCCAUACAAUGCUGAGGGUGUGAAACCUUCUCAGUUGCCAAGGUCACAUGAACCUAGUCUUCGGAUAGGAACUUACGACCGUAUCUCUGCGUCACAUGAACUCCCCCAAAGAAGACACUAUGCCGAUGACUUUGUUCGUGCUAUUGAUUUGCGUGAGCCUAUCCAACUAGACAGUCCUUUGCAACGCCGUCUUCAAACCAACAACUCGCCAGAAUCCCAGUCUAAUAUUAUCCAGUCUGACGAUAAUCCGUACAGGCCUAAUCCACCAGGUAGUAUAGCCGUGAGACCAAGUGGUCGAACCAAUCCGGAUUCUCCAAUCAGACCGGGUACCCAUAUUUAUGCUGUGGUGGAUGAUAGGGUUCCAAAACAUCACAACAGCAGGCUACUUCAGUCUCAAUCUGCGGCCCCUCGUUAUGAAAGAGCAUACGAGGGCCCUCUGGAUUACUGGCAAACCUACGAACAAUUUGUGCCAGAGGAACAAUCUCGUCCCACCUAUGUGGGGAGAGUUGAGCCGCCUCAGCCUCAGUAUCCGGUACCUGGACGCAGGGCUGUUAUUGUGGAUUAA